GCUAUAGGCGCUAAUACUGGGCGCUGUUUAUACUGUACAGCCACCACCACCAGCUUCUCACCGUACAGGGCGGGCAUCCCGGCUUUAGUGGCUGCCGUUUCUCCGCUCGCUGCAUGUCAGCCUCUCUCCUCAGCGCGCCAGCCCGCCUGUGCCGCCUUUCCUUUCGUCUCGUCUCGUUUCGUUUCCUCCGUUUCACUCUUUCUUGCAAUCUCGUAUUUUCCUCUUCCGUCGUUUGUCUUCUCUUUAUUUUCACACAACAAUUAGCGUGGAUCCGUUUCGUUUGACUUUUCUUUUCCUUGUCUCGCCAUCUGCAACACGCAAGUAGCCAACCCAGCUUCCAACAUCGCGCCACCAACCACACAAACACCCGCCUCGAUAUUCGAAGUUCUUUACCGCAGACAAGCUCUAGCCCCCGACGAACCAAUUCCCUCGCUACAGCGUGUCUGUUGCAAUGCCUGCCUAUCUGUGCCAUGGUUUCCGGUGGCAGCGCGCAGAUGUCCGAAUCUACGUCAUCAUGAACGACCUCGAGGAGGCGGCGCCAGAUUGGGUUGUUGGAACCACCACAGCCUCGCUGAUUCUCAACAACUUUGCCGACAACUUUGACUUUGUGCCCAUUGACGAGCAUGCCAAGCUUCACCCAGUAAAACCAACCGCCAAUGGCACCACACCCGCCUCGCCCGACGCCAUCGACGGCACCACGCGAGAUGCGAUGCCCGAUGACGCCGUGCUUCGACACGCCUGGUCGCCCGUCAAGCUCUUGGAGGAAUACGACCCCUCCAAUGAGACAUUCCAUGCGCGACCAUACGCCUACGUUGCUGAUUACGCAGUCCGCAUCGACUUAGGCGCCAGCAUCGCCGACGAAAUGGCUCGCUACGAAGAGCACACAAAGGGAUACGCCAGCUCGUCAUGGUUUGCGCAACUGCGCGACAAGGUCCAAGACGGCGCUGCCAUUGGUUGGCAUGUGGUUGUCUGCGGAGAUGGCGAGCGCGAUGUUCCCGCAGACGAAGAGGAAGAAGAUGGUGACGCUGAAGGAGCUGUUAGGAGUGUAGGAACAGUCAAGAACAGCGCGCUGCCUGUGGAGGACCCCGAGCUCCCUAAGACGAUGGAACUGCCCGCCAAGACUACCGAAGCUGUCGUGUCCAGGGAAGAAGGAAACCCGCCUACUGCACCAUCUGCGCCUGCCAUUAUCCAGCCCAAGCGUGAUAUCGAGCCUGAGCCCAUGACCCCGAUCAAAGUGGAAAAGAAUCGACCGGCACCAAAACUGCUUUCGGAUGCAGAUUCAUAUAGAAGCCAAGAUGUUGGUGCCGAGCCUGAGUCGCCUGCGCCACUGCUAGCAACUCCAGGCGCAAGCUCUGUCCACGGAGACGAAUGGCCUCUGCCCAACAGCCCACAACCGUCCGGCCAUGAGCUCACACCACGAGAAAGCACAUCGCGCGACUAUUCGCACAUGACACCACCGCCUGUGCCCGAAGACUCGCCCAGCGGCAAACCACGACAAAGCCUGCGAAGGAAGCUGAGCUUGAAGCGGCUAUUCAACCGCAAGGAGAGCUCCGAGUGGAAGACGACCACCACGAGUGCCAGCACCGGCAGCUAAAUCGAGAAGGAGAGAGAGAGAGAGCGGGGAUUGAUGAAGAACAACACGACUUGCAACGAUAUGAAAACCACUACCACUACCAUUACCACAAAGAUUAGGCACCCGCGAGACGGCAGAGCACAGCAUAGCACAGCACGGCGUGGACAGUAGCAGUAGCGCCUACCAAAUGUAUAUAUAGAACCUAGUUAUAACCGCCACCAGACAUGCAUGAAAAGAAACAAUCAGAUUAUCAAAACAAAAAUAUUUAUCACA